GUCACGUGCACCGCCCCCUAGAGCCGGAAGAGCGCUGUGCAGCCCUAGACUGGCAUAGGCGCCUGUGAUGUCUGCUGAGGUCCUCCAGGGCUGCAGUGCAGAGACCAUCCAGCAGCCCACAGAUAAUUACUCCAUUACGGGACCAUGUCGGGGUCAGCAGCAAAUGGUAGACCAGGAGUUGGAGUUGGCGUUGUGAUCACACAUCCUUCCUAUCCUGGCUGUGUUUUACUAGGACAGAGGAAAGCUAAAGGCUCGCCAGGGGCAGGCAUGUAUCAACUGCCAGGAGGACACCUAGAAUUUGGGUAUGAGUACCUUGCUUUAGCAGUACAUUGUGAAAGCUGGGAGGCUUGUGCUGAGCGGGAAACUCUUGAAGAAGCUGGACUUCACCUGAAGAAUGUCCGCUUUGCUUCAGUGGUGAACUCAAUCAGUAGUGAACACAAUUAUCACUAUAUUACAAUAAUAAUGAAAGGAGACAUAGACCUGAAUUAUCCAUCAGAACCUACAAACUUAGAGCCGGAAAAAAAUGAAGGCUGGAAUUGGGUCAAUUGGGAAGAAUUUCCUCCAAAUGACCAACUGUUCUGGGCCUUAUGCUGCUUGAGAAAACAAGGAUAUGAUCCGUUUAGUGAAAAUUUUGACCAUCUUCAUCCAGUACAGCAAUAAUGAUCCUGUUGGACUUUAGCUUUCACUGUGUUCUGUAAUGUACACUAUCUUCAUGCUAUGUUUAUAUGAAUAGCUGUUUUAUUAGUUAUUGCAGUUUUAAGCAGUUUUUGCAUUUCAAAUCCGAACCAUAGAGUAAUUUAUUCUGUGGAUUUUUUUUUCAGCAGCGUAUGGGUGAGAUUUGCUGGCCUCAUGCAUAUGAC